GGGCCGCCGGCACUGGAGGUGUGCGUCACUGUCCGCCGCCGUGUCCGCGGGCUGCUCCGGGCUCCCUUAGGGCCUGCGGCCUCGAUGUCCUUCCCCCGGUGUGCCCUGUUGUGGGCUCGGCUCCCGACGGGGCGCCAGGCUGGCCACCUGGCAGCCGUCUGCUCUGCCCUUCGUCCCCACUUUGGGCCCUUUCCUGGGGCUCUGGGGCGCGUUCCUGCCGUCGCCACCGCCUCCUCCUCUGCCUCCGGUGGCUCCAAAGCUCCGAACACGUCCUUGUUCGUGCCCCUGACUGUGAAACCUCAGGGCCCCAGCGCCGAUGGCGACGUCGGGGCCGAGCUGACCCGGCCUCUGGACAAGAAUGAAGUAAAGAAGAUCUUAGACAAAUUUUACAAGAGGAAAGAAAUUCAGAAACUGGGUGCUGAUUAUGGACUCGAUGCUCGUCUCUUCCACCAAGCUUUCAUAAGCUUUAGAAAUUAUAUUAUGCAGUCUUAUUCCCUGGAUGUGGACAUUCACAUUGUUUUGAAUGAUAUUUGCUUCAGUGCAGCUCACGUGGAUGAUUUAUUUCCAUUCUUCUUGAGACAUGCCAAGCAAAUAUUUCCUGUGUUGGAAUGUAAGGAUGAUCUACGUAAAAUCAGUGACUUAAGAAUACCACCUAACUGGUACCCAGAAGCCAGAGCCAUACAGCGGAAGAUAAUAUUCCAUUCAGGCCCUACAAACAGUGGAAAGACUUAUCAUGCAAUCCAGAAAUACUUGUCAGCAAAAUCCGGAGUGUACUGUGGCCCUUUAAAAUUACUGGCACAUGAGAUCUUCGAAAAGAGUAAUGCUGCUUUUGCAUUUACAGGACUCUGUGCUGAAGAAGUUCAUUUGUGUGGAGAAUCUGCUGCUAUUGACCUGGUUACUGAACUUAUGUACACAACUGGGGAGGAAGUGGAGGUUCGAAGCUAUGAGCGGCUUACCCCCAUUUCUGUGCUGGAUCAUGCACUAGAAUCUUUAGAUAACCUUCGGCCUGGGGACUGCGUUGUCUGUUUUAGCAAAAAUGAUAUUUAUUCUGUGAGUCGACAGAUUGAAAUUCGGGGAUUGGAAUCAGCUGUUAUAUAUGGCAGUCUCCCACCUGUGAUGCAGGGUUUUUCAUGCAAUCUGUGGGAUCACUUUUAUUUCUGUUUCAGGAGUAUAAGGAGAAUUAUUUUUUACUCCCUUAUAAAGCCCAGUAUCAAUGAAAAGGGAGAGAGAGAAAUAGAACCAAUCACCACCUCUCAAGCCCUGCAGAUUGCUGGCAGAGCUGGUAGAUACAGCACACAAUUUAAAGAAGGAGAGGUUACAACAAUGAAUCGUGAAGACCUCAGUUUAUUGAAGGAAAUUUUGAAUAGGCCUGUGGAUCCUAUAAGGGGUACAACACUAAGCAAUACGCCUUCAGACCACAGGAAUGAGCCCCUAACCUUUGCGUGGUUACGCCGAUACAUCAAAUGGCCUUUACUGCCCCCUAAGAAUAUUAAAGACCUCAUGGAUCUUGAGGCUGUUCAUGAUGUCUUGGAUCUUUACCUGUGGUUAAGCUAUCGAUUCAUGGAUAUGUUCCCAGAUGCCAGCCUUGUUCGACACCUCCAGAAAGAACUAGAUGGCAUUAUUCAAGAUGGUGUGCACAACAUCACCAAAUUGAUUAAAAUUUCUGAGACACAUAAGCUGUUGAAUUUGCAGAGCUUAUCAACAGUGAGCCAGUCACGAUUGUCAGAAACUUUAAAGAGCCAUGCUAGAAGGACGCGCGGCACCAAAAGAGAGAGUAAAGCUGCUGAGCCACCCAGCCGCGAUGCAGGAGAGAGAUCCCUUGCUUCCAGAUUGGUGCGGCAAGGACUGCUCACCCCAGACAUGCUCAAACAGCUGGAAGAAGAGUGGUUGACACAACAAACUGAACAGGGCAAAGAAAGAACAGAUUCUGGGACUUACUCAAAAGGGACAAGAAGAAAGAAGAAGGAACCUGAUUCAGAGUAGUUUUUUGUUGUCUUUUUUUUAAUUUUACAAAUAAAAAAUCUAUUUUGAAUUAUUU